AUGAAUAAACUCUCCUGGUUGGGUGCUCCCUCCUGCCAGCGAGGCAGCUACGCCUUCUACAAGUCGGUGGGCAGCAGGAGGAAACCCGACGGCCCCGUCCAGGUCUGGAGGCUCGGAGAGUUUUACUUCAUCCGCUGCGGACCGCAGGAGCCCGUCUGCAUCGCUGAGGUGACCUUACUGUGGGAGGACCAGACGCAGCGACACCUGCUGGCCAGCGCUCGACUCUACUUCCUGCCCGAAGACACACCGAAGGGUCGGACCCGGGAGCACGGAGAGGAUGAGGUUCUGGCCGUCUCCAGGAAGAUGGUGCUGCGUGUGGAGGAUCUGGUUCGAUGGUCGUGUUUGGAGCCGAUCGGUUGGAGUUCGGAGCCGACGGAGCUAAAGGAGCUAACGGAGCUAAAGGCGCUAACGGAGCUAAAGGCGCUAACGGAGCUAAAGGAACUACCUGAGGUGACGGAGCCGAUGGAGCCGACCGAGCCGUCGGAGCCGACCGAGCCGAUGGAGGUGACCGAGGUGACGGAGGUGACCGAGCCGACGGAGCUAAAGGAGCUAACGGAGCCGACCGAGCCGUCGGAGCCCACCGAGCCGUCGGAGCCGACCGAGGUGACGGAGCCGGCAGAGGUGACGGAGGUGACGGAACUGACGGAGCUGACGGAGCUGACGGAGCCCACGGAGCCGUGUGAGACGAACGGACUCCAUAAAAGUUUUGAGAGCAGCGACAGUAACGAGGACGAACCGCUCAAAGACAAAACUGAGAACGGCCUGGAGGAUCAUCAUGGCGUGAAGGUUCUCAGCUAUCCUCAGUACUGCCGUUACCGCUCGCUGCAGAGACGCAUCGCUGAGCGAGCGCGAGGCCUCGGCCUGCAGGACUCUCACCUGCUCGCUCUGGGAGGCGUCAGAGUGAAACCCAACAUCAGGGUGGUUUACUGCAGGGACACAUUCAGCCACCCGACGCUGGAGAACAGCACCAGCUUCUCCUGGCAGUUCAGAUGUCCGUCUCUCAGUCUUCGUGGUCGACCUCGUAAGAGAAGAGGACGAGACGGAAAAGACUCGCCAACCUCCAACCAAUCAGAGUCCUGGAUCGAGAGGAUGAAGGAGAACGUGAUGGGCAGCGUGGAGGUGGGCUGUGAAGGCAGCUGGCUUCCUCAUCCUGAAGAACAGCUGUUCCUGGAUCAGCUGUUCAUCUUCAUGGACCGGAACGGAUCGCCCAUCCACAAAGUCCCAAACCUCGGCUUCAAGAAGAUCGACCUCUUCCUCAUGUACUCUGUGGUCAAACGGCUCGGCGGAUAUGAAAAGGUGACAUCAGACCGACUCUGGAAAGUGGUUUAUAACGAGCUGGGAGGUUGUCCCGGCAGCACCAGCGCUGCGACCUGCACCAGGAGACACUACGAGAGGUUGAUGCUUCCUUACGAGGAGCAUCUCAGAGCGGGAGGAACCGAACUCAAAGUCCCAGAAUCCCCCUUGCCACCAAAGCCCAGAGGCAUCAGAGGAAGGAAACCGCUUCAGAGGGGAAGAAAACCAGGACCCAAACCCAAGAAGAUCCUGAUCCCUCCUCCUCCUUCUCCUCGUACUAUCGUGAACGCAGACGGCACCAUAGUGGUGAAGAGAGGACGCGGUCGGCCGCCGGGCAAACGCAACAAAGCCACGCUGAUCGCUCAGGCCAAGCUGAUGGCUCAGCAGCAGGCUAAAGCUAAAGUUACCGCCACCGUCGAGUGUCAGCUGCUCCCACCCAGAGGAAGAGGAGGACCGACCCCCAGCAGCACACACAGGGUGCCGCAGCCUCUCCAGACUGGCAACCUGCAGCCUGUCCAGCCAGCCAUCCUCCCCGCCAACAUGCCCCUCACCCCGGACCUCUCGCCCAUGUCCGCCCCCUUCCUUCCCUUCCAGCCCAAACCCAAGGACCUGAAGGACCGGGUGGAGUGUGCGACUCCGGGCGUGCUGCUCUCCGCUCUGCCCCGUCACUUCGUCGGCGGGUCUCUGGGCGGUUUCAGCCCCAUCAAAGGCCUGUGUCCCCUGGACGUCCUGAGGAGCCGCGUGGGUUUCCAGAGGAGCCUGGAGAGCCCGGCCCUGACGCCUCAAGACCCGACCCAGCACCACACAACUAUCUACACCCUGCAGCCUAAAAGCGUAAGCCCGGAAACCCCUCAUCCGAGCGGGGACCAGCUCCAACCUCAGCCUCACCCGGCGCCCCACCUCCACAACCGCUGCUCGGGGUGCAAUGUGGACGAGGCAGCGCAGAGAGGAGGCGGCCGGGACCAAAGGAGCCGGCUUCCUCUGCCGCCUCUUCGGGUGCUGCCGUUGGAUCUGGACUGCAGCGUUCAGGUCCGGCAGCUGAUGAGGACUCGUCUGGACUCGUCUCAGUUCCAGACAUUCACCCGCCGACUGUCUGAGGCGCUGUCCCAGGACCUGAGCACCAAGCCCCCCUGUUCUCCCAUCACCCCUCCCCCCGAGCAGGCCCUCCCCCUCAACCUCAGCAAGCGCUUCACGACUAAGAGACCCAGCACAGACGGACCGGAACCUAACGCGGAUCAGCCGUCAGCCAAGAGACCCAGAGCGGAGCCUGCGGAGGACUUCAGCCCGAGCAGCCGGUCCAGCUGUGGAGGGAGUGGAGGAGGAGUCCAGGAGGUGGAGAUGAAGAACCAAGAAGAACCUGCAGACCUGAGCUCCCCCAGCAGGAUCAGGGCCUUCCUGCUCGGGCUGCCACCCUUCCAGGUGAAGCUCGAGGAGGAUCUGACCGGGAUGAGGUUUGGGAAAUUCCUUCCUCCUCCGGGAUCCGAAGCCGAAACCCAGCGGACUGCGAAAGAGCGAGGUGACGGAGGAGUAAAGAAAGAAGUGAAGAAGGAGGACGACGACGCGGUGGAAGCGGAGCAACGCGACACCGAGAAGUCGGAGCAGAAAGAUCCGACGCAGAUGGAGUCCACGACCAUAGCGGUGGAGUUCGUUAAAGGCGAAGAUGUCGAGACGGGAAUCCAGGAUGUUAAAGAGGAAGCGAAGAGCUCGGCGAUCUCCUCCGUGGGUCAGAUGGAGGAUUUCGGAGGCCAGCAGAUCGGAGACGUGGAGAAAAUGGAGUGCGAUGUUGAAGCCUCCAGCAAAGGGCUGCCGAGCCCCGUCCUGCCGCAGCCCACCGCUCUGGUUAUGGCCCAGCAGAGCUGAACAGCCCUCAAACACUGUUGUUUUUUAGCAUUAUGGGAUAGAAAAGCUGUCGGAUACGUGGAGGAUUUGGAAUCUGGAAAGUUGUAUCCAGCGUUGGGAGCUUCAGUGGUGGAUCGGCUCAUGUUGGAGCCUGAAUACUCGAAGCAGGGAUGUUUCUUUUCUUCAUCUUUGAGAACAUCUGAACUUCUCUCUGUUUCUGUCUCUUUGUUAUUUCCUGUUUUUUUUUUGUGGUUUUCGAUCACAUCAUUGAUUGAACUUUGCAGAGGAAUGUCGACAAAGAGACUCAUGACAAUCACAAAUCAGUUUCUCUUCAUUUCUCUGAUUAUUUCUGUCUCUUUAAGGUUAAAAAAGAAACAGGAGCGAGACUGUGACUCUAACAAACACUGCCAUAACCCUCCAUAACACUAUUAACUCCAUUAUUCAAUGUUACAGUGAAAUAUUGAAUAAGAUCCUUAUUAUGUAAAAUCAAAUCAAUAUUACAUCUAUGGGUGAUGCUAUGCAUCAAGACUUCAUUGAUUAGCAUCUAGAGUGUACUGUAGUUUGGUAGCUUCAUUUUUAAAUUGUACUCUACUUCUGUAGAGAAAUAGUUAUUUUCUGAUAAAGUGUUUAGAUGUUAUCUGGAGCUCCGAGUGGAAAGCUCCUCAGUCUUCACAUUAUAGCUCGUUAAGUGAAGCGUUUCUAUAGUCCUGCUCGUUAGCUGAAAUUAUAUAAACUCCCUUUUUCUUACACAUACGUGCCUUAACUGGCCUGCGAUCUGUCAUCGCCGGCUUCAAACAUUCACUUAAAGAGAUACCUUGAUGUUGGACCUGUUUAGUUUGACUUCACUCCUCGGCAGGGCUGGGUAUGUUUGAGAUUAUUAGACGCACGUUUUCCUUCAAAACCUUCAAAACACAGCU